AUUUUGAAAUUCAAGUUAUUCGUUUUUCGAUUUUGUGUAACGAAUUAUUUUAUUGGAAAUUGAAAUGUCUUGGUAAUUUAUUAUACGAAUAAUAUUUACGUUGUGUAUUUUUCGAUUAAAAUUUAUUAAAUGGUUAAAAUUCAGUUGUAACGGUGUACGUGAGCCGUAAUUUAUGGGCUAGCCGACGAUGUAUGUUUUGUCUUAACAAGCACUUUACCCUAUUACGUGAAAAUGGAGCGUAUCGUAACGUUAGAUUGGCUAAACUGCCUUAACAUCAAUCGAAAUAAACUCUAUAAGCUGACCGAUGCUGCAUUAGCCGACCAUUUAUUCGAUCUUCUUAUCAGAUUUCAAUUCUGCACUCAAGAUUGUAACAAGUACAGUAAAGAAGAAAAGAAAAAACUAAUCGGCAAAUUCUUACAAACUAAGAUAAAAGAUUACAAUUAUAAUAGAUUAUUCAUCGACGAAGAUAACUUAUUAAUAGCAUGUUGGCUAUUUCUGUUCCACAUUGUGUGGUGUUUGGAAGAUGCGACGUUACGGAAUCACCUGAGUUUUCAUCUCGAAAAUUCUUCGCAAGAAUUUAUUAAAUCAUUCCUGGAACGUAUGCAGGAGCAAAACGAAAUCAACGAAAACAACGUUAGACAAUGUCUUGCUCACGCUGCCGAAAAAUGUGCGCAUUUGGAACGAUCGCCGUCAGAAUUCGUCUCCUCGUCGGCCAAUUCAACUCCUAAUAACCAGACACCGACCGGUAUUAAGAGAAAAAUGAGUUUAACUCUUCGCGAAUUUUUAUUGUCGCCGAAUGCCCAGAAGAAAUUUGUCGAGGAACAUACAAAAGAGCUUAAACGAGUAAAGCUAGAACUAACAAAUGAGAUUAAUGAAAAGAUCGAAGUGAUGGACGAAAACGUGAAAUUGAAGAAAAAAAUGGACCAGAUAACUAAACAGUUGGAAAUGAAGCAAAAUGAGAAUAAUAAACUGCGACGAGAAAUCGAAACAAUUGAAAGCAAUCUGAACGAAGCAGCUUCCGCCAAGGUCAAAUUACCGGUGGACAAUAGAGAAAUUAACGAUUUACAAAUGCGUUUGGAAGAAUUACAAUUGUAUGUGACCACGUUGGAAAAAGAAAAUGACUCAAUUUCGAAACAACUAUCAUGCAGGGAAAAAAAUAUAAUUUCAAUUUCGGAAGAGUGUAAUUCACUCAAGAAUCAGUUCGCAGAGUUGCAGUUAGCUUUGGUUAGCAAAGAAGAGAUUAUCGAAAGAGUAUCCAAAGACAAAGAAUUUUUCAAAACCGAAAUGAAUAAUUUGAAAGAAUUCAAUCAGGCCCUAACCGAAAAGGUCGCGCUGCUCGAAUCUACGCGUUCGAGUCCAACUGAAGAAUUAAAAGCUCCGAACUUAGAAAGCGAAAUGCAGUUUCAACUCAUGAAGGAUACCAUCGAAUGGGCAAAGAAAAAUAUGACCAUCAUCGAAACCGAACAAACUCGUUUAAUGAACGAUAAUCGAUCGUUGAACGAAAGAGUGAAAAAUCUGGUCGACGAAAGAAAGGAAAUUGAUUCGACGAUGAAAGACUUAAACGAUCGUAUCGAUACGUUGAAAAAUGAAAACAUCGCUUGGAAAACUGCCAAAGAGACUCUGAGCAAAAAGCUUAAACACAUUGAAACCAAGUUAACCAAUACGAAUCGCGAUUUCGAAUCUUACAAAACGCAGACUGAGUCGUCAGCCCAAAAAUUACUCGAAGAAAAAGAGCAUCUGCAUGGCGAAAUUCAUCAUCUGAAUCGAUCUCUCGAACAAUACGCGACCCUCUGCGACGAUCUUCAUGAUCGUGAAGAAUACCUGAUGGCUGAUAACGAAAGACUAGAAUCUGAACUUGGAAAAACCAGAGACCAGCUGUCGCAUAAUGAGACUCUUCUUGAAGACUUCAAUGCUCAAAUGGAACAGGUGAAAAGCGAAAACCUCAAACUUUCAAUGAAGCUGAAUGAUAUGGAAAGUCAAAAUAAAACCUUGACCGCCAAAUUAUCCGAUUCCUCCAAAGAGAAAGCCAAAUUACACAAAAAUCGAGAAGAAGCUGAACGAAAACUAGCCAAAAAUAAAGAAACUAUCGAGUCUUUGGUCAAACAAGCGUCUCAGGAACAAGAUCGUUCUACGGAGCUUACAAAAAUGGUAGAAAUUCACCUCAAGAAAAUUGAACAAAGUGAAAAUUCGUUGAAAAAACUAGAGGAAGAUCGUCUAGAUUUGAAUAAGCGGAUCGGUAUUCUCAACGAAGAAUUGAAACUGAUCGAUUCGAGGCAUCGUUAUGAAACCGAAGCUCACAACAACACCAAAGCUAAAUUAACCGAGCUUGAACGAAUCAGCGCUGAUCAAAAAUCGACCAAUGAACAACUGGAAACCGAUUUGAAGUUCAAACAACUCGAAAAUAAGACACUCGUGUGUAAGGUUAAAGAACUCGAAGAAUAUCUGAAUAAAACCGAACACGAUAACAAAAAAUUGAAAAAUUCCAUGGACGAAUUGACCAAAGAGAAAGAGAAAAUCGCCGUUGACUGUUCUACGUUGGAGCAGAAAUUGAACGUUGAUCAAGAAAUCAUUCAGUCUCUCAACGAUCAAUUAACUCAAGUUCAAAAUAAACGCGACGAUCUCGAACGUAAUAUUGAAUCUCUAACUCGGCAACUGGGCUCUGAACGAGAUAUGAUUCGAGAAUUGCAAGCUGAGAAUACGAAAUUGGUUGAUCAAUUCAACGAUCUUACGAUUGAACUGAAAAAUGCGCACGUUCUUUGCCACAACGAAAGGAAGAUCAACGAAACGUUACAUUUGGAGAUCAACGAUUUACAGCGAAUUGUGGCCGAGCAACGUGUCCAGAUCGAUGAUGCGCAAAAAGAACGCGAUUCUUUGUCUUCAGUUAAUUACACUCUCGAAGAGAAAUUACGCAAAACAGAACGCGAGUUGAAAUUCGACCGAGAUCAACUAACUAAAUACAAAGAAGACGUGGAAUUUUUGCAAAAUGAGCAGAAGACUCUUCGGGACGAAUUAUCAUCAUUAGAGGCAACUCUGACAUCUGCCGAAGCUAAAAAUCAACAGUUGGAAGGCUCUAUCGAAGAAAUUAGACGUGAAAAACAUCUCCUCGAAGAAUCUCAGUCACAGCUGCAAAAAGAAUCGAUCAUUCUGAAAGACUCGUUGGAAAAAGUUGAAUCUGAGAAGCAAAUUGUGUCCAAUCAAUUGACCGACUUGACUCACCAGCAUGAGAAUCUGCUCAACGAACGUAUCAGCUUGAUCGAAUCAAUCGAUGGAUAUAAAUCUCAAGUACCAUCUUUAACUCAAGAAAUCUCUUCUCUUCGUGCAGAAAUCGAUCAACUCAACACCGCCAAUGAAUCUCUAAACCAUCAACUCGUCCAACUUACUUCUCAAAUGCAAUCAGUCGAGGCAGAGAAGCUCGCUACCACCGCCCAGUACGAUUCGCUCGCUCAACAGUUGCAGAAUCUCGAAAACACCUAUUCGGAUAUGAUCAAAAAUAAGCAGCAAAUCGAGAAAACCGCUUUAGAAAGACAGAAUCUCAUCGAAACUCUACAAAACGAUCUGAGUUCCGCUUCGGCUUUAAAUACGCAGCUGAACGAAAAAUUACAACGAUUGGAAAACGAUAUGUCUAAUCUUCGUAAUGAACUAGAUCAUUUCGUAGAAAAAUCUAGCCAUUUAGAAAAAGAAAAGGAUUCUUUGCAAGGCACCGUGACUCGACUGGAAGCUGCCAAUCAACUUUUGAGUACGAAUUACGAUCAACUCGCUCAACAGAAGCAAUCGGAAUGCGAUCAAUACGAAUCGAAAAUAGUCGCUAUGAACGAAGACGUUAUCAAGAUACGAAAUCUCCUCGAAGAAAUUAACCAGACGAAUGAAACUCAACUGAAAACUCUCCAGUCGACCGAAAGUACUCUGCAGCAGACUCAAGCUGAAAAAGAAGCUCUUGAGAAACAAUAUUCUGCUCUUAUCGAACAAAAGGAGCACAUCGAUUCGGAAUAUAAAAACCAAACCAAUCACGUUGAAAAACUUCAAGAUAAAAUCGCCGAAUUGGAAAAACUCUUCAGUAACCAAACAACUGAAAUGAAAUUACUCAAGAGUGACUACGAUCGAUCGAACGAUGAAAACCAACGCUUUACCGAACAAUUGAAAGAAUUAUCGAAUAACGUUUGCGAAUUACAAGAACGUCUCAAAGCUUCAGUCCAGGAAACUGAAACACUCGAUCAAGAGAAAAAAUCACUCUUGAAGAAGAUCCUCGAUUUUGAAAAUUCGUUCGAUGAAAUUCAGCAACGAAAUGAAACUCUGUCCAAAAAUUUACAAGAUGUCGUAGCCGAAAAGCAAGCCGCAUUGGAAGAGAAAAAUGAUCUAGCGAAAUGUACCGAGGAUCGAGACAUGAUUAUUAAAAAACUCAAUAGUGAGAUUACCGAAUUACAAAGUCGUAUCGAUAAAUUAUCCGGUGAGAAUAGAGGCUUCGAGGACCAGCUCAAGUUGGCAGAAUCCGCUUUGAGUUCGAUGAAAGAAGAAAAACAAGGGUUCGAAGAGAAGUACGAAAAGAUCUACGAGGAAAUGAUCGAAAUCCAAGGACGAUACGAAACCGCCAAAGAGAACAAUUCCAAAUUGCAGUUUAAAAUUGCUCAUAUGGAAGAAGUCAACGAAAGCCAAAAAGUCCAAAUCAAACAGCUGGAGGAAAACCUGUCGAGCCAAAACUCAAAAUUAUCCAACGUCGAAAACGAACUCACCGCCCUCAUCGAGCAACAAAAUUCCGAAACUUCGGCCAUAAAAACGGAAAACGAACGUUUACUCGAAGAGAAUAAAAAAUACGUCGAAGCGGUAAAACGACUAGAAGAGCUUCAAACCGAACGAGAAUCGCUUCUGUGUACUUUGGAGCAGAAAGAAAGCGAACUAAACGAAAUCACGUCACGUUGGCAAGCUGAGUUGAACACGAUGAAGGAAGAACGUACCAGAGAUGCGGAAAAAAUCACCGAACUUUUGGACAGCUGCAAAACGCAACAAAAAACCGUCUCAGCUCUCUCAGAAGAACUCGUCGAAUUGCAGAAAAGUUACGAAGAACUGAACGAAAGUAAAACUCGAGCCAUGAACGAGCUAAGAGAAAUGUUCCUGCUCCAAAUCGAUCAACUUCUGUCGAGUAACGAAUCUCUGAAAAACGAGAACGCCAAAUUGCUCGAGAGUAAUACAGAAAAGGCUUGGUACUUGAAAGAAAUGCACAAACGUGUCAAACCGAUCAUCGAAGCAUUGGAAGAACACGAAAAAAAAAUCCUGCAGUUGAAAGAGCAAAACGACGCUUUGACUAAAGAGAUCGACGAAUGUAACGGUAACAAAUGGACGCUGAAAUCUCGAAACGAACAGCUCACCGUUCUAGUCGCUCAAACCGAUGAAGAAAAACAACGUUUGGAUCAAGAAAUUCAAAAUUUAAAAGACGAAAAAGAAAUAUUACGUUAUAAAACGGAAGAAUUGAAAAUGGACAACGAAGAAAUCCAGAACGAUAACAAUCGCUUGCGUAAACUGAUGCGUAAAGAAUCCGCCGAACACGAAGAGCUCAAAAAACAAACCGAAAUAUUGAGCGAAAAUGUGAAGAAAUUACAACAAGAUAGCGAAAAAGUGAUCCGAGAAAAUGAUCAGCUCAAACAAUACAUCGAUCAACUCAAAGAAGAAAAAGAUAGGGAAAUCAAAGUCAAGGAUACCGAAAUCGAUAGAUUUAAAACGUCCGUUAAAGAGCUACAAAGUGAAGUGGAAACUUUACGAAGCAAGGAGGCCAAUUUGGAUGAAAAUAACGAGAAAUUGCUCCAAGAACGUAAUACCAUGCUGGAUCAAAAGAUCAUGUUCGAACAAGAUAAUAUCAAGCUCAAACGUCGUCUCGAAGAAGUGACUGCUCAGAAAAAUGAACUCUAUAGCAUGAACGAGCUCAAUAGUAAAGCAUUCGAAAAUCGUAUCCAGUCCUUAAUAUCCAACAACGACGACCAACUAGUCGCUAUUCAGAAUCUAAAAGGCGAAAAUGAAGUCCUCCGAAGCGAGAUGGAAGCUGUCAAAACCAACGCCGCCGUUUCCACUCGAAAACAAGUUGAAAAACUUGAGAAAAAAAUCGAAGGCCUCGUACAACAGCAUAUGAAAGAGAUCGAGUCGCUGACCGAAGCUAAUAAUUGUCUCAAGGUCGAAAUCGAAGAAACCAAGUCGAAGCUAAAAGAUCACGAAGAGCUCAUCUCAGCCAAAGAAACGUUAACCAAACGAGUCGACGAACUGAAGAUGAAACUGGACGAAUCUCUCGAACAAAACGAACGUCUGACUGACGAAGCGAAUCUGAGGACCGAUAAAAUCGCCGCCAUCGUUAACGAAAAUGAGAAUUUACUCGCCAAAGUGGACGAAUUGGAAACCAAAGUAGAUACGCUGACAGACACCGUUAGUAAAAAAGAUGGAGAGAUACUCUUAUUGCAAGACGAAUACAGAAUUUUCAAAGACGAGUAUCGUAAACUGAGCGAACACAAGAACGAGCUGGAUAAAGAUUGGAAGGAGAGUUUGAUCGAUAAUUUCAAAUCAGCGUCGGCUAAAUGCGACGAAUUAAAAGAAGCUAAUCGUAAAUUAAUCGACGAAGUAGCCGAAAAGCAGUCAGCUAUUGUUGUUUUGAAGGCCGAAAUCGAGAAAAUCAAAGAGAACGGAGUUAAUUUAAACGAAACACGCGUCAUUGCGUCCGGUCCGGAUAAUAAAACGAAUACCAUUUUAAAAGAAGAGAAUCAAAAAUUAAUCGAAGAAAUACGCAAUCUCAAGACAAAAAUGCUCACUAUGAAAGCUUUUGUAGAGAAGGAGAAAGAAGCUUAUCGACAGAAAACUGAAAAAUUGUACCCCACGUUGACCAAGAAACUCGAAUCCGAAUACGCUGGAAAAUUGGAAAGAGCCAAGACCGAAUAUAGUAAAAUCAUACUUAAAAAAUGUUCUGCGAAGGAAGCCGAAUGGAAAAAGAAAGAAGAGGAUUAUCAAAAAAUGCUUCGUAGAGAAAAAGAUCAAAUCAGAGACCUGAAUUCCCAAUUAUGGAAUAUGAGCGAUAAAUGUCUAAGUUUACAGCAGCAAUCCGUGCAAGGACUACCGCCCAACGACUUCCGCAGAUAUUCGGUGGAUAACUUCUACUCUCCUGGCACGUUAUCGAGACGAGCACAAUCUGCAACCAAUUUAAAUAUGAUGGAUAGCAGAUUCCAAAAACCGUUGGAUUUCGAUAGGAGAUUAUCAACGAUGUCGGAAGACUUCCUACCCAAGAAUAGAAAACCAUUGAGCCUGACCAGCGGUAAAAAGUUCUUGUCAUCUGCCAAAGUAUUCCCUACCGAAGACGAAGAGAUGGAGAUUUUCGAUAACGCUUGUUUGGCUGAUUUGAAGCAAGGCAGAAUGGCCGACGAUAGUGAUUUCAGCAAGCAGAGAUUAUCUGUUUUACAAGCUCGUAAUUCGUUAGCUCCGCCUCAUUUGAAAUCCAGUUAUCCGGCUGAGACUCAGUUUAUUCCUCUUAAUGAGUUUAAAGAGAACGAUAUCAAGAUGGGCCUGAGCAGCUGCGAAACCGAACAUUCCGAUAUCGAAAAUUUACUACCCGGUGAUAGAUCGAGAAAAAACAGAAACCAGACUUCGUACAAAAAACCAGGUCCUCCUACUCCUAGUAAACAUGGUGGGCGUGCUUCUACCAUCGGCGUUGAAACUCCUAGAAACGUCCUCAAAGAAUCCAACGAUAACAGCACCGCUCGACGUAAAAGUUUCACUCCCAGAGGCACAUUAGGCCUAUUUACGAACUUCUUCCCUGUACGAGGACACGCUACCGUUACAGCUGCACCAUCGCAACAUAAUAACCAAGACGAGGUUAGCCUAAAAUUACGGCUUUUAGCGUCUACGAUGUUUCUAUUACUAAUAGCGUUUCUGCUUUCGUAUUAUCAAAUCCAAGUGUAACACCGAAACGUGGUCGGUUACAGUCUUUACGUCGUAGAUUUAGCAAAAAUCCGCAAGAAUUGGGUAACACGAAUUCCGGAUUUAGUUGAGAAACAAAGUUAGUUACCUGAAAAUUUUUACGUUGAUUUUUUUUAUACUAACUUAAUAUGUAAUUGUAAAAUUCUUUAAUUUUUUUGUAUUUUUAUAACCUAUUUCUUCCAUUUUUUUUUAAAAAAAAACCUUGCCUCGAUUUUAAUUGAUUCAAUCGUGAGUUUUUCGUAUAGUCAUUAAAUUUUUAGUUUUUAAGAUGAUGUUUUUAGUCUAAGUGAGUUUUUUUUUUAACGCGUUUUAUUAUGACGUUUCAGUAUUAGAGAUUGUUUAUCAAAGUAUAGUAAUUUAAGCGAAAUAAAACAAUCGCCGAUCA